UUAAACACUAAAGAGAAUCUCAAACCUUCGAAACAACUUUCUAGAGAAUCAUCAUGAUCUUCACACUGCUUCUGCUGGGGGCUCUGCUACCACAUGUGACUUUUACGGCGUAUGUAAAUGUGGGUAUAGUGAACGGUACAGAAGCAAAGCCACAUUCAAGACCCUACAUGGUUUCUGUUCAGAGAAAUAAGCAACACAUCUGCGGCGGUUUCCUCGUGUCUGAACAGUUUGUCAUGACGGCUGCACACUGCUUUGAAAACGGACAGAGCUUGACGGUUGUGGUUGGAGCUCAAGAUCUUAAACACAGUUCUGACCACAUAGCUGUGAAGUUCUACCACAUCCAUCCUGGGUAUGACUCUGAAAAUCUGCAAAAUGACAUCAUGUUACUUCAGUUCAACAGAACAACCAAAAAGACCAAUAGCGUCAAACCGAUCUCCUUACCAAAUAAAAAACGGGACAUCAAGGCCAAGUCCAAAUGCAGUGUUGCAGGUUGGGGAAGACAGACCACCAAUGGUUCUUUAACUAAUCGUCUUAUGGAGGUUGAUGUCACCGUCAUUGACAGCAAAUCAUGUCAGAAGUACUGGGGGAAAACCUCAAGGAUGGUGUGUGCGAUAGGUCACGGAGGAUUUUGUCAGGGAGAUUCUGGGGGUCCUCUGGUGUGUAAGGACACUGCAGUUGGUAUCGUUUCAUUCAACGAGAAGAACAACUGCAACAAACCAACAAGGCCAAACGUCUACACUAAGAUUUCAAAAUUUCUUCCCUGGAUUAAAGCUAUACUUGAAGGACUGAAACAAGAGCUGGACUGAUAAAACACAUAACAGCUCAGGAAGUUGUUGUGAAUUGUUGUUUAUUUCUAUAAUUCGAGUUUAAUACCUAGCAUUAUUUCUAAACUUUGCGUCUGAUCAGUUGCCAACCCUUUCACACGUGGACUGCUAACAAAAAGCCAUUUCUUGUGUAUGCAUAAAAUAUAUGAAGGUUAAGGCACAGAUGCACAUAUGUUCACAUGUCCACACCAGUAGAAAAUAAAAU